AUGAGAAUCAGCAAAAAGAUUGAGCAGUCCAGCAAGGAGGGCAAAAUAUGGUGGUCAUUCGAGUAUUUUCCGCCUCGGACAGCUCAGGGUCUGGAAAACUUGAUUGAUCGUAUAAAGCGCAUGACCUCAUUGGGCCCAGAAUUCAUUGACAUUACAUGGAACGCUGGUGGCCGGACGUCUGAUCUCACUUCACAUAUGGUGAAGACGUGUCAAAGCUCGGUGGGUAUAGAAACAUGCAUGCACUUGACGUGUACGAACAUGCCUAAAGAAAAAGUUGACAUUGCUCUCCGGGAAGCAAAAAAAUCCGGUUGUCGCAACGUCUUGGCCCUUCGUGGUGACCCACCCCAAGGAAAGGAUGAGUGGGAAGCAGUCGAGGGUGGUUUCGUGCAUGGUAUUGACCUAGUCAAGCACAUCCACAACGAGUACGGGGACUACUUCGAUAUCGCAGUGGCCGGUUUUCCUCAGUUCCAUCUCCUCCCGCCCAAAGAACGCGACCUCGAGAUGAAGUACCUUAAGGAGAAAAUUGAUGCAGGCGUCAACUUCAUUUUCACGCAGAUGUUCUACGAUGUCGAUCUCUUCAUCGGCUGGGUGAAUGCAGUCAGAGCAGCUGGAAUCACAAUACCAAUCGUUCCUGGUAUUGCUCCUAUUCAAACGUGGAAUGGCUUUUUGAAGGCGACGUCUCUUGCGAACACCAAGAUUCCGCAAUCUUUCUGGGACGCUUUAGAGCCCCAUAAAAACGACGACCAGAAGGUUCGGGAGAUUGGAACUAAGCUCGUAGCAGAAAUGUGCCGGAAGAUUCUCGCAGCUGGCCUCGGUAUCCAGGGUCUUCACUUUUAUACCAUGAACUUGGAGAAGGGAACGAAGAUGUUGCUGGAGGAGCUGAGCCUCAUGCCUCGUGUAGAGACUAUCAAGCCUUUGCCCUGGAGACAAUCGCUGACACCAAACCGACGGCAAGAAAACAUCCGUCCUAUUUUCUGGGCGAAUCGGGCCGAAUCAUACCUUUCGCGUACUGAGGACUGGGAUGAGUUCCCCAAUGGACGGUUUGGUGACUCACGGAGUCCAGCGUAUGGCGAACUCGAUGGAUACGGCAUCUGGCUCAAACAAACGAAAGAGGAAGCUCUGAAACUUUGGGGAGAACCAAAGACGUUCGCAGAAGUCGCAUCAUUAUUUAGUCGGUUCUGUUUGGGUGAUCUCAAUGCUCUCCCGUGGUCAAAUCAAGCAGCGUCUUCCGAGACCUCCGUCAUCGCCUCGCAACUCGCCAAAAUGAACGAACUUGGCUUCUUGACGAUCAACUCUCAGCCUGCCGUCAAUGGCGCAAGGAGCGACGACCUACAGUUUGGUUGGGGUCCAAGUAAUGGGUACGUGUACCAGAAGGCGUAUCUUGAAUUCUUUGUCGGCCCUCGAUUACUCGAAAUCCUGCUCUCCCACAUCGACCGCGACAGCAAUAUGACGUACUAUGUCAUCAACAAGCAAGGUGACCUGAGGACGAACACUCAUUCCGACGGACCUAACGCUGUCACAUGGGGCGUUUUCCCUGGCAAGGAGAUUGUUCAACCGACAGUUGUCGAGGCUCUGAGCUUCAUGGCGUGGAAGGACGAAGCAUACGAACUAGGUGUUAAGUGGGCCAACGUUUACGAGGCAGAGACGCCAUCACGCAAGCUCAUGAUGGAGGUCUUCGAAUCAUCAUACCUCGUCAACGUCGUCCAUAACGAUUUCAAGGAUCCACAAGCCAUCUUUGAGCCCUUCUUCAAGGCAGGCGCUGAGUACGCAGCUCAACACACCAACGGCUCUGCUGCACCCCAGGCGCUUGCAAACUAG